ACAAGAAAGCUUGCGUUUUGCAGCGUCGUCUCGAAAAGCUCGGAGGAUUAUCCGACGAACCCGAAACUAAUAAAUCGUCCACCAAUGUGGAUAUGGUGAAGAAGAAAAUGGAGGGAUUGUCAAAGGGGAUGUUGGAAAGAGUUGAACAAGAGUACAAUUCAAUUCUUUCUAGUACAGCUAAUAGUUCCGUUGCCAGCUCAGCUUCUUCUUCGAAGAGAAUCGAUUGCCCCGAUUUUUCGGCCAGACAUUUCUUUCAGGAACAAAUGGGGCACGAGAACAAAUGCUCGGGGCGGUGUAAGAUUAUCGUUCGGAGGAUUGUCGAGCAAGUUAGGGCUGAAACAGAGCAAUGGUCGCAAAUGCAAGAAAUGCUAGGGCAGGUGAGGGGUGAAAUGGAGCAGCUUAACGGGUCCCGCGAUUUCUGGGAAAAUCGAGCGCGCAAUUCCGACGUCGAAAUUCAAUCCCUUCGGCACGCUGUGGAAGAAUGGAAAGAGAGAGCUCGUGCGUAUGAGAACAAGGCAAACGAAGCGCAGCUCGAACUGUCAAUAUUGAAAGAGGAGAUUCAAAAGUCGAGAACGGAUUUAAGUAUAAUGACAGAUAUACCCGCGGUUCCUUUGGGAAGGCAGCUCGAUAAGGAGAGGGUAGUGUUGAGUUUUCGGUCGAAGGAAAACGAACAAGGAUAUUCGCCGAGCAAAGACUUGCCGCCUCUUUCUUUAGGCAAACAGCUUGCGAAUGAGAAGAGAAUGCUACUUCACCGUUUAAAGGAGAAACGAAAUGCUCGUGAGAAAGGGAAAAUCAUGUGCUCGAAUGGCACGGGGGCCGAGGCCCCCACGAGGCGCUCGCCGUUGCGGGAGAUAGGAAAUUCGUCUCCGUUGGCGAAACAAAAGAGUCGAUCGGCUUUUUGCUUACAUAGCCCGGAGAGUUCUAGAAUAAGAGAGAGCUUUAGGAAGUGAAAUUAUUGAAGAACAGUUUAUUAGAGGAGAAUUAAUCACAGUUUUGCCCCCAUUGUAAGUUUAGAUUAUGAAGCUUUUUUAUUGAAUGUUGAAUAAUGACCAAUGAGUCCUUUUAUUAAAUAUAUUAUUUUUUUA